UGCGCAGGUACCUCGUCAACACACAUAGCUGCCGACUCUACGAAGUUCGUUCAAUGUGUAAGUUGUCUUCACCGGUCCAAUGCCUCUAUCCCGCCAGUGUCCGUUCGUCAUGAGACGGAAGCGGAAAAUUUCUUUGGCAUUCCUGGGUAUUUGGAUCGUCGGUGUAGUCUUCUACUCACAGAUUAACGGCAGCAGAGACGGCUCGAACUCGAACGUCGUGUUCUCCGAGGAAGAUCAGCAGUAUGCAAGUGAGAAGUUUGAGCUGGCAGAAAUAUUUGAUGUGAAUAGUUAUAUUGAUAAGACCAGAGAUGCGGGGAUCAAGGACCCGUACAAAAGCAACCAGUUCAACCAAGUAAAAAGUGAUGAGACGUCACCGGACAGGAAAAUACCAGAUACUAGAAAUUAUAAAUGUUUACAUAAAACAUAUGACAUAUCAAGUCUUCCACAAACAUCAAUUAUUAUCACAUUCCAUAAUGAGGCAAGGUCUACUUUGCUGAGAAGUGUAGUAAGUGUCUUGAAUAGAAGUCCACUUCAACUUAUAAAAGAAAUUAUACUUGUAGAUGAUUUUAGUGAUAAUGCUGAGGAUGGUCUUUUAUUAGCACAGUUACCAAAAGUAACAAUUUUAAGAAAUUCAAAAAGGGAAGGUCUUAUACGGUCCCGUGUGCGUGGUGCUAAUGUAGCCACCGCUAAAGUGUUGACGUUUUUAGAUAGUCAUAUAGAAGCUAAUGUCGGCUGGUUGGUACCAUUGAUGGAGAGAAUUCAUGAGGACCCUAGCAGAGUUGUCUGUCCUAUUAUAGACGUAAUCAACAUGGACUCGUUUAAAUAUGUAGGAGCUUCCGCUGACCUCCGAGGAGGUUUUGAUUGGAGUUUACAUUUUAAAUGGGAACAUAUGAGUGCUGAACAAAAACGUUCCAGGAAGGAUGAGACUUCAGUGAUUAGAACUCCAAUGAUAGCUGGUGGUUUAUUUGCUAUCGAUAAAGAAUGGUUUAACCAUAUUGGCCAGUAUGAUGCCAUGAUGGAUAUUUGGGGAGGAGAAAACUUUGAAAUUUCCUUUCGUGCCUGGAUGUGUGGUGGUAGUUUAGAAAUCAUACCAUGUAGUCGAGUUGGUCAUGUAUUCAGAAAAAAACAUCCUUAUACUUUCCCAGAAGGCAAUGCAAAUACGUACAUCAAGAACACAAGAAGAACAGCUGAGGUGUGGAUGGACAAUUACAAAACACAUUUCUAUGCAGCAAGACCUUCAGCAAAAGGAAAACCAUAUGGAGAUGUUGAAGACAGAAAAAAAUUACGAGAAAAACUUAAAUGUAAAUCUUUCAAGUGGUAUUUAGAAAAUGUCUAUCCAGAGUUAAAAAUUCCUGAUACAAUUACAGUUAUCGAAAUUAAACAAGCUGACAUGUGCCUUGAUAGUUUAUCUUCCAAAAAUACAGGGAUUGGUGUCCUUGGUCUGUACAAAUGUCAUGGAACUGGUGGCAAUCAGGAAUGGUCUAUGGGCAGAGAUGAGGCUGUACGUCAUAAAGAUGCCUGUCUGACCGUGGUUUCUGGUGACGCCAAUUCAAAGGUGUUCCUUGCAGCGUGUAAUAGAGACGCAAAGCAAAAAUGGCAAUAUAUUGAAGGUAGUUUGUUGAAGCAUCAAGUGACUGGUCUUUGCUUGGACAGUCGUCAGGCCAGGGGGGUGCAAGGUAGAUUGAUUGUGACGUCAUGCGAUGCUGAUAGUUACUCACAGAAAUGGACAUUGUCGUAACAGAUGCAAAAUAUCCUGCCAGCCAUCCUUUGCCAACGUAGUCCGGCCUCUGCUUUGUGUGAAUAUAUUACUGAUGCAGCUAGGUGAUUUGAAUAUUCAGCAAGGAGCUAAAGUGACAUGUUUUCGCAAAGUACAAGGCUUUGCUAUUCGUGCUUCUCUUUUAUGCCACUCAUCAAAAUAUUUGGUAUAGGAUUUCCAUAUUGGGAAAAACUCCAAAUUUUGAUGUUUUUACUGCCUCUUUAUGAAACCAGAAUCAUUACGCUUGUGUUACAUGUACCGGUAUGUGUUCGAUUAGUGGGAC